AUGAAACAAAAAAAAGAUCAAGCAAACAUCGAUCCAAGGUUUGACAAUUUAUCAGGAAAAUUUAAUGAAGGAUUAUUUGAAAAAUCUUAUGAAUUUAUAGAAGAAUAUAAAAAAUCAGAGAUUAAUGAAAUUUCUAAAAGAAUUGAAAAAGAAAAGGAUAUUGAAGAAAAACAAAAAUUACAACAAUUGUUAGAUAAAAUG